CAUCCUUCAAGCGCGGCGCUCCUGCUCCGCCGGCCCCCGCCGUCCCAAGUAUAGAUGGCGGCGUGCCUCCGCCACGGCCGCCACGACCGCCACAUGCCUUUCCAUAGGUCACUUCAACAACUCUACCGGUCGGGCGCUGUCCGAACCGAGUUCCCCGAUCAGGCGGGGAUGCGGUCAUCCCCACACCCGGGAGUCUCUCCAUUCAGUAGUCUUAUACCACCCGCUCACCCAAUUCCUCCCUUCUAACAUCCUCUACAUCACACAUCAUGGCGCCCACUCUCUCUGCCGAAGGCAAGGCCAAGCUGGACCAGAUCCUCGAGUCCGAAGUCGCUUCGGGCGAAAUCCCCGCCUCAACCUUCGCUGUCGCGACGGCCGAUGCCAACGCCCCGCCCAUCUACUGGGGCGUGGCCGGCGAUCGCCACUUUGGUGACCCCAGCAAGGGCCAGAUCAAUGAAGACACUGUUCUUCAGCUCAUGUCGAUGACCAAGCUCGUCGUCACAGUCGCGGCUCUCCAGCUCAUCGAGAAGGGCAAGCUCUCGCUUGACGACCCCGCGGUCAUCGAGAAGAACCUUCCAGAGUUGUGGAAACUCGAGAUUCUCACUGAGAUGAAGGAUGGCAAGCCUGUCACCAGGAAGCGCACCAAGCCAAUCACUCUUCGUCACCUGCUCACGCACACCAAUGGUACUGGCUACGAUCUCAUGGUCCCACUCCUUGGCGAAUGGGCCAAGGCAACAGGCCACAAGGGCGUCUUCGCCUCCAACCUGACCAUCGGCUCGUUUGAAUCGCCCCUCAUCUUUGAGCCGGGAGAGGGUUGGAACUACUCGCUGGGUCUCGACUGGGCUGGUAUCCUCAUUGAGCGGGUGUCGGGUCAAUCGCUUGACGCGUACUUUAAGGAACACAUCUUCAAGCCGAUCGGCGCCAACACCAUCACUUUCGCCCCGGAGGCCAAGCACUACGAGAACCUCCAGACGCCCACCAUGCGUGACGAGAACUUGAAGGUUUUCGCGUUCCCAGGUGCCCGCGAGACGGCGCCCGAGAAGAUUGUGGGUCAGGCGUCAGGCGGCGCCGGCCUCUACGGCACAGCCAAAGACUACCUCCGCUUCCUGCAGGCUGUUAUGCGCAGCAAGGAGCCUGGAGGCAUCAUUUCGCCCGAGUCGUACAAGCUCAUUUUCUCCCACCAGCUUCCGGAUGCGCCCGAGGGCACCUAUGCUGGCCAGUACGGAUUCGCCGCGCUCAUCCCCCACAUCCAUCCCGAUCUCAUCAACAACAAGAAGAUCGGCCACUCCUUGGGUGGCUUCUACGCCCAGGCUGACUCUCCUCACGGGCGCAAGGCUGGUACCACCUGGUGGGAAGGUAUGUGAUGACAAUUGGGCAUGAAACGUUCACUAAUACCCAGGAAUCUACAAGACCUACUACUGGAUGGACCCCACCACUGGUAUCUGCGGCGUCUUCACGACGCAGCUGUUCAGGUUCGCCGUUCCAGACCACUUUGAGAAGGUCUUCAA